AGCAAGAAUGGAUAUGAGAGAGAAGAAAAGUAACAAUAGUCAAGAGGAUGAGGAAAAAGAUGAAGAAAAGGAACCAAAGGCUAUACUAGGAGUUUUUACCAAACAGCAGUUCACUAGGAUCUGUGUAGCUGUUGGGCUCGUUGUACUUCUGCUCAUCAUAACAGUAACCUCUUUGGUUCUGCCCAUCACGUCGGGAUCAGAAACUUCGGAGACCAUGGUCCCGUUCGCUACAGAUGGAGACAUGCUGGAAUUUCUUCUUCAAAACGGGGAGAUUCAAGAGAAAGAUGGGCUCUAUGCUACGUGGUAUCACUCUGCCAACAGCAAAGCUGAAACCCAAAAAGCCUUGGAAAGUGACACUAUGAUUCUAGAAGCUGAUGUCAAUGUACAAGGUCAUAACACGGACAACGAAACCAAUAUUCCAAUCAUGGCCCAUCCACCAGAUGUCUACAGUGAUAACACUCUGGAAGAAUGGCUCGAUGCUGUUAUUCGUUCGAAGAAAGGAAUAAAACUGGAUUUUAAAAGUCUACAAGCUGUGGAGCCUUCACUCAAUCUUCUCAAGAAGAAGAAUCAAACAGGAAUCAACCGGCCCGUAUGGUUGAAUGCUGAUAUCCUUCCUGGUCCAAACGUUCCUGGGUUCUGGCCCGUAGUUAACGGCACUCGAUUCUUUGAACUUAUCCAGACAAAGUUUCCAUAUGUGACCAUCUCACCAGGUUGGAAGGUUCUUUAUCUGCCCCUAUUGCCUGAUGUGACUUACACACGGGCUAUGGUGAUGGAGAUGUACACCACUGUCAAACACCUUCCACAAAGAAUCACGUUUCCUGUUCUGGCAGUUAUGGUGAGGAAUGGAUGGCCUCACCUAAGUUGGCUUCUCAGCCAGUGCUCCAGGUUCAGUCUGACCUUGUGGCAAGGUCAGGCGAACCCCACUGUCAAUGACCUGCUCUUCGUUAGAGAUAAUACUAACCCUCAGCGCAUCUACUAUGACAUCUACGAGCCAGUGCUGUCCCAGUUUAAAGAAGCUGCAAAGCAGAAGGAUCGACCAAGAAGGUUUUAUACAGGUGGGGACAUAGUGGACUAUUUCAAGCCUGCAAACAGUGAUGGACUCAACAUCCUGUGGGAGAAGGUGUAUGACCAAGCUUCUCUUCUGUCUGAACUCAAAGAAAGCCCAGGUGGGAUGCUUGUGAUUCCAGUAACAUCUGGAACAAGUGAUGUGAGGAUUCCAGUGGUUGAGGGUUCAAUGCCAGAGCUGCCUCUUCAAAAUUGUCUAGAUCUGGUCCUCGCUUCAAAGAAUCCCUGGGGCAUCUACCUCAGGGUGAAGUCCCAGACACAGCUAGCUACCUCACUACAUCUGCUUCGAAAGGCAUAUGCUAAUGACCUACUCUACCAUCCAGUCUGGAUCAACAUGGAUAUCUCUCUCGGAGUCUUCAACGUCAAAGGCUACAUCACGGGUCUGGAGUUUGUGAGAACCAUUAACCAGAUUUUCCCCUAUGUCACCAUGGCACCUAGCUGGCCUCAGGAGGUUCUGGAUCAGGGUUACACACCACAGAUGGUCGAGGACAUGAUGGAACUCUUCCAAGAGGUUUGGCAGGAUGUCUCACUGCAGCUGUUGGCUGUCCAUCUGGACAGAUCGGAGGCUGGAAUUAGGAUUAUUCAACAAAGUCAGGAACGUUUUUCUCUCACAGUGGAGCACACGACAAGGAUCGGAGGACUUCGGAUGAAGAGUUUCACGUUUGUCCGGAACGGGACCAGACGUCGGACCUUUUAUAACGUUCCAAAAGCAGUGAAGGGGUUUGUCUCCGAGAUACCAAAUAAAACAUGAUAAACACAA